CGAGUACAUAUCCUACGAGUCCAGUAAGAAGGUUCAUAGACAACCAAUAUGGCCGGCGCCUCCACCAACGCCAUUGCCCUUGUGCUUGUGGCACUCCUCUCUGUGCUCGUCACGUCCGUCCGUUCUGCGGCCAACUACGACACCUCCGCCGCUAGAUCCUACAACUCCGGCUGGCUCCCCGCCAAGGCCACCUGGUACGGUGCGCCCACCGGCGCCGGCCCCAACGACAACGGCGGUGCUUGUGGCUUCAAGAACGUGAACCAGUACCCCUUCUCCUCCAUGACGUCCUGCGGCAACGAGCCUCUGUUCGACGCCGGCGCAGGCUGCGGCAGCUGCUACGAGAUCCGAUGCGUCGCUGCCAACAACCCAUCGUGCUCCGGCCAACCGAGGAGGGUGGUCAUCACCGACAUGAACUACUACCCUGUGGCUAGGUACCACUUCGACCUCAGCGGCACAGCGUUCGGGGCCAUGGCCAAGAAUGGCCUCAAUGACAAGCUCCGCCACGCCGGCAUCAUCGACAUGCAGUUCAGGAGGGUGCGCUGCAACUUCCCGGGCAUGAAGGUCACCUUCCACGUCCAGCGUGGAUCCAACCCCAACUACCUCGCGGUGCUCGUGGAGUACGCCAACGUCGACGGCACCGUGGUCCGCAUGGAGCUCAUGCAGACCAGGAACGGGCGCCCGACGGGGUCCUGGGAGCCAAUGCGCCGCUCCUGGGGAUCCAUCUGGCGGAUGGACACCAGCCGCCCGCUGCAGGGGCCCUUCUCCAUGCGCAUCACCAGCGACUCCGGGAAGACGCUUGUGGCCAACAAUGUCAUCCCGGCCUACUGGCGGCCGGACAAAGCCUACUGGUCCAACGUCCAGUUCUACUGAUUGGCUUACUAAUUACGUACUUCUCUGAUCGCUGCCGAGUUGGUGCUCCCAGAGUUCUCACCAAACGGUACCUAUUGUUUGAUAAGGCCGGCCUUGUAAGUUGUAAUGCAAUUAUGCAAAUGCAUAGGUCUUCAGAGAGGUAUUUCCGUAUUUGCAAAAAAAGGAACUGGUAUUUUUUCAA